AAGAAAUUGAUAGAAGCUGCUCGAAUUAGAUCUGUUUUGUGAAACUUUGUUUCUAGGGAUUUGGGGAAAUGGAGGACUCGAGCUCUAUCGACUCGAUUUUGGAGUUUUUGCGGAAGAAUCGUUUUAUGAGAGCUGAAGCUGCGUUGAUUAGUGAGCUUUCUAAUAACCCAAGUUCAAAUGGGUGUCUUCAAAAGCUUAACUUUGAGGAUAAUGGUGUGAGCAAGUUGUUGGAUAAGACGAAGCAAAGGGGCAGUAGCCAAGCAUUAGGCUUUCAAAAGGACAGUCACAUUUCUGAUGAAUUGGUUGUGAAAGAGAUUCAAUGUGGAGCUGCCAAUAACUUACGCGAGAGUAAUCUUAUGAACGAUGUUUCUGUUCAGACACAAAGUGGUAAUGCAGAUUUUUGGGAGGAGAGAUUCAUGUUUUCUGAAGGAUUUGAGGAUACCGGGCUUGAUUUACCUCCCUGGAACCAUAAUUCUACCGAUAUUGUAGCUGACUCUGAAGUAUUUAGUAUCAAUCCAAGUAAAAGAGGCUUUGUGAAUCCACGGAGUUCAAAGCAAUCGAGUCAUGAAAAGGUUCCCGAAACUGGUAAAAACAAUAAAGUGGUUGUGGAAGACAUCUUCUCUUCUUGUGAGAAGAUACGGACUGGAAGCUCUAGCCAGAAGGAUUCGUCACCACGUCUUGGUCAAGAAGCGAAGAGAACAUUGGUGCUUCACCAGACCAUUGGAAGGAUUGUUCUGUUACAACUGUUUUUUCCAUUGUCCAAGGGAAGCACGUCAACAGAAGAUAAUGGUGUAGCCAUUUUAGACAAAAGGCAAGGAAAGAAAAAGGUUGGCGCGAGUGAUUCCAGGAUUCUUAUUAAGGAGCAGGAAGAUGAUGUGGCUACAGCGCUAUACCGUGGAAAGUCACAGUCUGGUUAUGAACAUAAUAAUCUAAGCAGCUUAGCAUUUUCACUGGCUCAUGAUGGUCCGAGGGAAGACUUACCUAGACUGCCACAUGUAAAAAUCAAGUCAGAGGAUAAACCGAUGAACUUUACUUGGGAAGAAAAACAUGAGCGAGACAUAUUGGACGAGAAGCUGAUUAAUACUGAGAAUGUGUUCCUUAUCGGCUCUUUUCUAGAUGUUCCUAUUGGACAAGAAAUCAAUUCAUCAGGUGGCAAAAUGGCUGGUGGAGGAAACUGGUUGUCUGUAAGUCACGGAAUAGCAGACGAUGCAUCUGACUUGAUUUUUGGCUUUGGCGAUGGAUUAGGUGCUCUCAAUGAACAUUCAAAUGAGUAUUGGGACUCUGAUGAAUAUGACGACGAUGAUGAUGUUGGUUACAUUAGGCAACCAAUUGAGGAUGAGGCAUGGUUUUUGGGUCACGAAGUUGACUAUCCUAGCGAUAAUGAAAAAGGCACAGAGCGCGGAAGUGUUCCUGAUACGCAGGAUAAAAGUCAAACCAAGAAUGAUGAUGAUCAUUCAUUUGCCGAGGAGGAUUCUUAUUUCUCCGGUGAGCAAUAUGUGCUCGCUAAAGGCAUUGAGCCAGUUACUGCUUCCAAUGAUCCGAUGGGUCUCUCAAUGACUGAAACAUACAGCAGGACCAAGGAAUCUGAUUUGCUUGCUCGAUAUGACGGGCAAUUGAUGGAUGCAGAGGAGCUAAGUUUGAUGCACACUGAACCUGUGUGGAAGGGAUUUGUCAGCCAUGAAAAUGAUCUAAUUUUGUUGAACAAAGGGAAAGUCGAGGAUAACUGUGGUAAACUCUGUCCGAAGGAUAUCCGCGCAGAAGAUGAUCAAAAUGCUGCAGUUAGGUCAAUUGGUGUAGGAAUGAGCGAUGAUGUUGAUGACAAUGGGAGUAUAAUACCUGAAUACUUUCCUGGAGAAGGUAGUGAAUGGGAUCUGGAGCUCCUUCCUUAUCGCGGAGUUGGCGUUGCUGGUGUCAAGCCUCCACCUGGUAAAGGUGCAAGUAUGCAGCUUAAAAACUUUGCAAGUGGUGGUUUCUCCUUUCCCUCUCCAGUACCUGAUAGACAGAUGUCCCAUGAAGAUUCUGCAAACCCUGAAUGGUCAAACCAUUGCAAUGCUGUUGUGAGAAAUGAAACUGAUGAACCAAAGAGCCUAAUCGAGUCCGAUAGUAUGGUUGUUUCUUCGACAAAACGACGCAGCGGCUCUUCCUCUGAAAGAAAUAUAACAGACAUGGAUGAUGAAAAGGUUGCAAGUUCAAGAAACUCUUCCCCAUCCGCACUCUCCCAUAGUUCUGAUACUGGGAGAGAGCACAAGGAAGAAGAUGAGGAAGAAACUAGUCAUGGGCCGGAAGAAGAUCCUGGGACCUCGUUCGAGGAUGAGGAUGCAAUCGUGGUCCAAGAGCAAGUAAGACAGAUUCAAGCCCAAGAGCAGGAUUUUGAGACCUUCAACCUGAAGAUUGUUCACAGGAAAAACAGGACUGGUUUUGAGGAGGAUAAGAACUUCCAUGUGGUUUUGAAUUCUGUCAUUGCUGGUCGUUACCAUGUCACUGAGCAUCUUGGAUCAGCAGCUUUUAGCAAAGCAAUACAAGCACAUGACCUCCACACCGGCAUUGAUGUCUGUGUAAAGAUCAUAAAGAACAACAAAGACUUUUUUGACCAAAGCCUUGAUGAAAUCAAACUUCUCAAGUAUGUCAACCAGCAUGAUCCUGCUGACAAAUACCAUCUCCUUCGACUGUAUGACUACUUCUACUUCCGGGAGCACCUGUUAAUAGUAUGUGAACUUCUCAAGGCAAACUUGUAUGAGUUCCAAAAGUUUAAUAGGGAAUCAGGUGGAGAGGUUUAUUUCACUAUGCCAAGAUUGCAGUCAAUUACUAUCCAGUGCUUGGAAGCAUUGAACUUUCUUCAUGGUCUGGGCCUUAUACACUGCGACUUAAAACCUGAAAACAUACUAAUCAAAAGCUACAGCAGAUGCGAAAUCAAAGUUAUUGAUCUGGGAAGUAGCUGUUUUGAGACAGAUCAUCUUUGCUCCUAUGUUCAGUCUAGAUCCUACCGUGCUCCAGAAGUCAUUCUUGGGCUUCCAUAUGAUAAGAAGAUAGAUAUCUGGUCACUUGGCUGCAUUUUGGCUGAACUGUGUACCGGCAAUGUUCUUUUCCAAAAUGAUUCUCCGGCAACUUUGCUUGCAAGGGUCAUCGGUAUAAUCGGAUCCAUUGACCAAGAAAUGCUUGCCAAAGGACGUGAUACAUGCAAGUACUUCACCAAAAAUCAUUUACUAUAUGAGAGGAACCAGGAGAGCAACAAUUUGGAGUACCUAAUACCGAAAAAGUCAUCGCUAAGGCGUAGACUGCCAAUGGGUGACCAAGGCUUCAUAGACUUUGUGGCAUACUUGCUCCAAGUUGAUCCAAAGAAACGCCCUUCUGCAUCUGAAGCUCUUAAGCAUCCUUGGUUGACUUAUCCCUACGAACCCAUAUCUCCGUGAUUCUGUCGGUGCAACAAAGGCAGAAUGGAUGGUAGCUAGUCAAGGAAGAAGAUGAUGGUUUGUUUUUCCCACAUUGUUUUUGUUGAAAAGUCUGCUGAGAGGGAAAUCUUUCAGACCUUGUUGUAUAUUAAUUUGAUGUGUGACUAUUGCUCAUUUGGUCUCAGCAUUUUGUUUCACUGGUAGCUUGUGAAAUAUAGUCCCUUCUUCGAU